AUGAAUGGCUCACCUCUAUUACUCCCAACCAAAAUGGUUCCCAGAAGGUUCUACACUUCCCCUGUGUACAUUAUACUAGCAUUACUAUUGAUAAACCUUGUAGCAGCCAAUGUCGUAUUUUUCUAUACGAGCCAUCAUUCGUCUCCGUUUGCAGCUGGUCCUCUCACAUCCGCAGAGUCAUAUUUGCUUAAACCUGGAGCAACUUUGCAAGGUUAUAUAGAUUCAGUAGAUGACCCAGAGUUUUGGGAAUCAUUUGCCAAUGAGUUGAAGAAUACAAAAUCUAAAGAGCUCAUCGAUAACUUGAGAACUACAAUAAAAAAUACCUACUACAGCCAAUUCCUUAGAGAGUUGCGCACACAGGUGUAUGAGGAUAAGCUGGCGGAAUUCACCAACCAGUUGAAGUUACAAAUUCAGUAUGAAAAGACAAAGGGUAUUUCAGAUUCAAUGACGAAGAGUUUCAGCAUAUUCGAUCAAUUGAAACAAGAGUACCUUGAAUCUCACGUUGAAGAGAUUAAAAGUGAGUUAUUAUCGGAAUUGAAGAAUUCUGAUGGUAAUGACAAGGUAGAGAAGGCAUUAGCGUCAAAGUUAGACAAGACAUCUUAUUAUCAAUACAUUUUGAACGACGUUCUUACUGCAAACUCUCCUGCAUUGCCUGGUAUUGAUAAAAAGGAGCUUGGAAAGGGCAUUCCUCCAAUCCAUUCAAAAUUUACAAGAACUCCAGCCUUCUCCUUAGAAGAAUUGUUCGCUGGCCAUGUAAAUUUAAAUGUAAUGAAAAUUCAAGACCUUAGACAGACACACGAAAAACUUGUUAACGUCUUAUAUCACUUAGAAGCUCCUCCAUUUGUGUGGGGAGAUGGUAUAGUGCUUUACAGUGGAGGCGAUGGAACUGAGCAUAGCUCCAACAAGUUUGACGACAAUAUCGCUCAGACUUUAAUCGUCUUAAGGCAAUUGAGAGAUACUGGCUCUAAGUUGCCUAUAGAGGUCAUUUUCCCUAUGAAUGACCUUGAUGUGUCCAUAUGCUCCAUGAUGCAUGACAAAUUCAAUGCCAAAUGUAUAUCAAUAGAAGCUCAAUUAAGUGCCGGUCCCAAAAGUCCAUUCAAGAAAUUAUUGGAUAGAGGGGUAUACUGGAAGCCAUUCGGUUUACUUGUUUCAUCUUUCGAUAACAUAAUCUCAAUUGAUUCAAACAAUAUUCCACUACAAAAUGUUGAUAAAUUAUUAUCAGCAAAAUCAUUUUUAGAAACCAAAUGGGUUAUGUGGCCUCAUCAUUGGCAGAAGACAACCUCACCCAUUUUUUAUAGAAUUGCUGGCAUGCGUAUGGAUGGGGAGUUAAUUCGUAGAGAUUGUUACACCAACGACAAAUCUUUCAUCGCUUAUAUUAAGGAAGAUAAGAAGAACCAAUGCAUUCACGAUAGAGAAGGGUUACCUUCAGCAACUACAGUGGAAUCAAGUCAAAUGGUGUUUUCCAAAAGAACCCAUUACCGUAGUUUUCUUUUAUCUUUAUACUACAAUUUGUUGGGUCCCAGUCACUACUAUCACUUGUUUUAUCAGAAUAGUGCAACUUUGGAAGAUUUGAACUUGGGUUUCAACAAGCCUGAUAGAGAAACUUAUGUUCCUGCUUUACACGUCUUUAAAGAGCAAUACCACUUGAUGAAAUACUUACCAGAAUCUAUUGGACCUAUUAAAAAUUCAAAUGAGCUCGAAAUUGAUAAUGCCUUACUACAAGCAGAUCCAGUGAUGGUUGAUGAUUUCUAUGAAAAAUGGAGAGUAUUCUUAGCAGACAAGGGUUAUGAUUAUAGAAUUCUGGCAUUUGAAGAUUCCGGAUUCACUCAAGAGUUAAGAGCAGAUUUUGUGAAGUCUCUUGCUCUGACCGAAAGAAAAACUACAACUGAUGAUAUGACAGGUGACAAAUCAGUUCUGCUAGUAUCCCAAAAUUAUAUAUUACCAAAGGCAUUCUUCAUGCAAUUAAAGAAUGGGUUUAUGAAAACUGUAUUAAAGGGUAACGGUCAGGAUAGAGUACUUGGUCCUUUAAACGAGUUUAGUGCUCUCGUCCAGAACCAAAAAGAACAAGUGGACUGGGAAUUGAAACUCCUGAAAUUGGUGCAGUGGGUAUCAUGUGAAGAAUUGAAAGAUGAAAAAUAUUGGAAAAGUAGUGGUGAUCUUGAUGGUUAUCCUGGAGAUACUUGUAAAAUAAUUGGCCAUUAUAUAAAUGAAAUAGAGCCAACAGUGGAAGUAAAAUAG